AAGAGAUGGAUUGUAAGUGGUUUUGGGUGUUGUUAGUAAUAAUGUUGGUUUCUUCGGGAGAAGGGUGUUGGGAGGAAGAGAGAACUGCCCUCUUGCAACUUAAACCUGUUUUUAGUUCUAAGAAUUAUCUUCAAGAUUGGGUGGAAAAUUCAAAUUGUUGUGAAUGGGAAAGGGUUGUGUGCGACAAUAUUACUAGCAGAGUCAUGAAACUCGAGCUUUAUGAUGUAGGGGAUGGGAAAGUGGGAGGGUGGUAUCUAAAUGCUUCUUUGUUUUCUUCCUUCCAGCAACUACAGUCCCUUGACUUAAGUGGCAAUAAUAUAGUUGGUUGUAUUGAGAACGAAGGUUUCGAGAGGUUAUCGAGGUUGAGUAACUUGGAGGGUAUGAAUUUAGCCCGUAACAACUUCAACAAUAGUAUCUUAUCAUCUCUGACUGGUUUUUCCUCAUUAAAGUAUUUGUAUCUAUUUGAAAAUAGAUUUAAAGGAGCUGUUACUGUCAGAAUUUGAGAUUGAAGGUGGCAAAAGGGACAGAAGACUGCCGAAGAAUGCCUACAAGAAAGCUUGAUAAAGAGGGCAGAAAUGAGAGCCAAAGAAUAUCAAGCAAAAGAGAGAAAAUUGUAUUUUGUAUAUUGUCUUCUGUAAUGUACAUUGGCCAAUUUAUACAGUGGCUUUGAAUACAAUAAGG